AUGCUGGCCUUCCUGGGUGACCAGAUGCCCACCGAGGACUUCUCAGAGAUCCAGUUUGGCACGCGCGUGGGCUGCAUCGCCAACAUGCUGCAGCUGGUGUUCAAGGAGGCUCUGAAGAACUCUCGCGUCGUAGAAAAAGUGGUGGCCGCCUUUCACCGUAGCGCCUACUGGAACGAGGUGCUGCUGAAGGAGUGUGGCAUGUCACUGGCCCCCUCACCCGGCAGCCACCACUGGAAUUCCACCUUUGUGUCGAUGCGACGGAUGGUGCUGGAGGCGGUGUGGGGCUCGGUCAUGACCCUGCUUGCCCAGGCCCGCAUUGAGGCCAAGGACUCGUCCAGCUCCCCGCCCAUGGUGAGGGCCAAGCGCGAGCAGGUGGUGGACAUCAUCGGCCUGCUGGAGCCCUUCGAGGAGGCCAUCCAGGUGCUGCAGAGCGACGCCGUUACCUUCUCCCUCAUCAUCCCCUCUCUGAUUGGCCUGGACAGGACCUUGGAGACCCGCCCCACCAACUACAGCCACUUCUCCAAGGGGCUCCGAUCUGGCCUGCACACACACUUCCAGACCCUUAUCCUGCAGAGGGACCUGAUCCAGGUCACGGUGCUGGACCCCCGCAUUAAGCUCCAGCCCUUCGACAACGCCAAGCAGGAGGGGGACACCUCCACACUGGCCGCCCCCUCCAAGUUCCAGGUCCGAACGCUGGUUGAGUCAUCGGUCAGCGACAUGGAUUCCUGGAACCCGUUGGUGAAGCAGAAAGAGUGUGAAGAGAGCCAGGAUGACUCUGAGGCCUCCAGCUAUAGCAGUGGCAGCAGUAACCUCAAGCGCAAGUCCAUCUUCAGUUUCCUCCAGCCUGCGGCCAAGACCAGAAGCUGUCUGAGCUGGACCAGUACUUAUCAGAGCCUGUGCUGCAUGGGGACGGCUCCACCCAGGUUUUCUGGAGAGAUGUCUUGCGGUUUCCCCAGCUCCAGAUGGCAGCCAGGAAGCUGCUGGCUGUGCCAGCCACAUCAGGGGGCUUUGACCGGCUCUUCCCCAUGGCGUCCUGCAUCGUCAGGGCCAAGAGGAGCCGGCUGCCCCCUCACACCACCGAGAGGCUGCUGCUCUACAGGAAGUCACUGAGGGGGAAAGAUGGGAGGACAUCCAAUUACAAUGGCUCCACUAAACCGUCAUAG